GGCGGAUGGACUUGCGACUUGAAGGUUUGCAUUUUUAAAUCGAUCUGAUUGUCCUUAAGAACGAAAUUCUCAACUUAAAUAUGAAGUCAAGCUUAAGAGGGAUUUAUUCCAAGUUAAAGGACUCUGCGGUAGCAUGGGAUGAGAGGCUGUCAUUAGCAAGGCAUGCUUGGGACUCUAAUGAUUGUGUGAUUCCAAAUAAGCAGCAAGUUCUCUUUGACUGGAUCAUCCAAGAAAUUACUCUUGGGUAUAAGAAAGGAGCGAAGUCUGUUGAUCAUGAGCUUUUGAGUGGACUUUGGCUGCUGCUUCUUCAUACUCUCCAGAGUCAAGAAGAUCUUUAUAGUCCAGGGAAUCUGCCGAUCACUCUAAAACCUCAAUUUAUACAGGUAUUUACAGAUGCGUUCAUGUUUAAAGAUUCUGUACAAAAUGGAGCAUCAAUCAGCACCCCUAUCAGCUGUUGCUAUGCCAUCAUGUCUACACCUCACCUCAGUGCAUCUAUGGUGGCCAAAUUUGAAAGUUAUGCAUCCUUCCUUUCAGCCUUGGUGACCUUGUAUCUCCAAAUAUGCAGUGAAAGAUCAGAAGAGCUUCACUUACUGUUAGAAAUUUGCUUACAAAAAUAUCUUUUGGUGCAGAGACAACAAGCAAAUCAGCGAAAGGUGUUCACAUCCAUGUGCCACCAACUUCUUGAACCAUUAAUCAAACUGCGUCACAUGUUCAAAGGCUUUUCUAAGAUCUGUCAACCUAUGGUGCUGUGUGGAGAUCAACAACCUGAAGAUAGUUGGCAAAUUGGGAAAAUGGAAAAGAUCUCUUGCCUGUUGGAGUUAGCAGUAACCAGAUGCCUCUUUCAUAAAGAUCACAUGGCAGAGUAUCCUCAGGCUUUCAGAGGCCAAGAGGAAAAACAAACUGAAUCUGAUGAACCUGCUAACAAGAAAGCAAGAAUUUUUAGUUAUCCCAAGCUUUUGUUUGAAAAGAUGUGGGAGAUGGUGGAAUCACAAGCAACAGCAGAUGUUGACACAAAAGAGGCAGCUUUGGAUAUUCUUCCUUUUUUAUACAAAGAAUUUAUCAAAUCAAAUAGAAAACCAAACUGUUCUACCUCUCCUGUGGAGUUUGCCUUUUUCACAGAAAUGUGUCAGUUGCUUGGUGUGUUGAAUGGAAACAACAUAACCCCCAGCAUGUUCACCUUACUUCAUCAAUUGCUGGAAAGCAUCCUGCACUAUGAUAUUUACCAGGUAUCAGAUGACAACCAGAAUGGCUUGGUACAAUUCAACUCUUAUGACAGUUUGGUCAAGAUUAUAAUUAAGACAGAGGAACCAGGCAAAGCUGUAUUCCAGUGUCUUGACGUUCUGCUAAAACUGAAUCACUCCUUGGUUGAGCCACACUUAGAUGUUAUUUGGAAAAUGCUGUGGAGAACGGAAUGCAGUGCUGGUGAUGCACACAACUCUUUGAUGAAUUCUCUCAUCUCCACGUAUGUUAAACUGCGACAGUUUGAUAAACUUGUUUUGGCAAUUCUGGAUUCUUUGAGAAGUUUGAACCCUUCAAGUUCUGGAUUAACGUCAUUCUUCAACCAAAGAUUUAUCAAGGCUAUUCAAGGUCUUCCCCUCGGCCAAAUUACCACGAUAUGGAACAUAUUUUGUAAUGAAAUCACUGAAAACUACCUUGGAAAUUAUAUAUUGCAAGGAUCAGAAGCAGCUCCAGGAAAUAAACUGAAUGCAAAGGAAAAAUCCUCGCCACAGUUAGCCGUGUGGAAAAAAUUGGAAUAUGUUUCAAGUAUCUUCUGUUCGUUUCUUCUCCACACGAGUUUUGUGGGGAUCGGAGAACAUCGAAAGGGAAAAACCUCUUUAUCCGCAGUGGGAACAUUGUUAAGUCGUUCAGUACAGGAAGUGCUCGACCCCAUGGUAGAGUUUUCAUCAAAAGUUCAACAUGACAGAGUGAGUGUAGUGUGGAAAUUUGCCCAUCGCAAGCGCCUUGAGCGCAAGAAGCCCAAGCUCGCACAAUGA